UGCCGAAUUGAGGAGAGUCGAAGGAAGUUUUUGAUGAGAAAUCAAAGGUCUAGAGCUCAAAUUGAAAUUAUUCCAUGCAAGAUCUGUGGAGACAAAUCAUCAGGAAUCCAUUAUGGUGUCAUUACAUGUGAAGGCUGCAAGGGCUUUUUCAGAAGGAGUCAGCAAAGCAAUGCUACCUACUCCUGUCCUCGUCAGAAGAACUGUUUGAUUGACCGAACUAGUAGAAACCGCUGCCAGCACUGUCGAUUACAGAAAUGCCUUGCUGUGGGGAUGUCUCGAGAUGCUGUAAAGUUUGGUCGAAUGUCAAAAAAGCAGAGGGACAGCUUGUAUGCGGAGGUGCAGAAACAUCGAAUGCAGCAGCAGCAGCGAGACCAUCAGCAGCAACCAGGAGAGGCAGAACCACUAACACCAACAUACAAUAUCACCACCAAUGGGUUAACAGAGCUCCAUGACGACCUCAGUAAUUACAUUGAUGGGCAUACCCCUGAAGGUAGCAAAGCAGACUCUGCAGUUAGCAGCUUCUACUUAGACAUACAGCCUUCUCCAGAUCAGUCGGGUCUUGAUAUUAAUGGAAUCAAACCAGAACCAAUAUGUGACUACACACCAGCAUCGGGCUUCUUCCCUUAUUGUUCUUUUACAAAUGGGGAGACCUCUCCAACUGUGUCCAUGGCAGAAUUAGAACAUCUUGCACAGAAUAUUUCCAAGUCACACAUGGAAACUUGCCAAUACUUGAGAGAGGAGCUACAGCAGAUAACAUGGCAGACUUUUCUACAGGAAGAAAUUGAGAACUACCAGAACAAGCAAAGGGAGGUCAUGUGGCAGUUGUGUGCAGUCAAAAUAACAGAAGCUAUACAGUAUGUAGUGGAAUUUGCCAAACGCAUCGAUGGCUUUAUGGAACUGUGUCAAAACGAUCAAAUUGUGCUUUUAAAAGCAGGGUCUUUAGAGGUUGUGUUCAUCAGAAUGUGCCGUGCCUUUGACUCCCAGAACAACACAGUCUACUUUGAUGGCAAGUAUGCUAGCCCAGAGGUUUUCAAGUCCUUAGGUUGUGAAGACUUCAUUAGCUUUGUGUUUGAAUUUGGAAAAAGUUUGUGUUCUAUGCACCUGACAGAAGAUGAGAUAGCUUUGUUUUCUGCAUUUGUUUUAAUGUCUGCAGAUCGUUCGUGGCUCCAGGAGAAGGUAAAAAUUGAGAAACUCCAGCAGAAGAUCCAGCUAGCACUUCAGCAUGUCCUGCAGAAGAACCACCGAGAAGACGGAAUUCUAACAAAGUUAAUAUGCAAAGUGUCUACUUUAAGAGCACUGUGUGGACGACAUACAGAAAAGCUUAUGGCAUUUAAAGCAAUAUACCCAGACAUUGUACGACUUCAUUUUCCUCCACUUUACAAGGAGUUGUUCACUUCAGAAUUUGAGCCAGCGAUGCAAAUUGAUGGGUAAAUGUAUCACCUAAGCACUUCUAGAAUGUCUGAAGUACAAACAUUAAAACAAAAGAAAGGAAAAGAAAAAAAAAAGAAAGAAAACCAAGACACUUUAUAUGGCCCUGCACAGACCUAGGGAGCCAACACACUGCACAUCUCUUGGCGGUCGGGGUCAGGCGAAGGACGGGAAACAAUGAAACAAAGUUGAACUUGUUUUUCUCAUGCAUAUGAUUUCCAUUAUGCCUACAAAUAUGGACCCUUUUUCUGUCUCAGCUUCUCAAUCCUUGACCUCUGUUUACACAGACUGAGGGUACUAAUGUCGGAAGGUUGUUUUCUCUCGUAGUUCACUGCCCAGACUUUUGACAGAACAAUCAAUUUGUUGAUCAGAACAGAGAGUCCUGCUAGUAAUCAGCGAUUGGUGUGCAUUGCAGAGAGUUCAGCAUCAGUUUGCACAACUUGCUCAUUGUUUCAUGAAGGACGAUUUUUUUUCACCUACCACUGUUUGCCAGUAGACAGAAUGGCAUGAAAAGGGUCCAUAGCAAUAGCAACAAUAGCAUUAUAAUAUAUUACAGGGUAAAUGGGCAUGAAGACUAUAUAUAGCAAAAGAGAUAUUGUUUAUAUAUUGUUUUAAUUAAUAUAAAAUGUAGUUACUGGUAUAGCUUUUCUUGUUGAAUUGAUAAGGCACUUUCAUUUUGCACCUUUUUCUUUAAAUUAAAUGCUAGCGUGUUCAUUGUUGUGUUGCAUGUGCACCAGAAAUUCAAGUUUAACUGAAAAAGGUUUCGCAGGUACUGGUACAAUGGGAGGUAUUUAUGCUGCUGUUUUCCAUGUUACUUUUAAAGAGAGGCUGGUCAUAUCCUGAAAUGGUUACACAGAUUUUUUUUAAACAGUUUGGAAAUAAUGAAAAUUUUCUAAAUUAAAAUUCACUUCUCAGUGGUUACUUUAAAAGGUACUUUUGUUUUCAAAUCUUUCAAACCUGGAUAUUUAAAAUGUCAAGCCUAAAUCUGCGUUUAGGCACACAAAUAAAAAGCCUCAUUUUCAAAAGUGCUGAGCUUCCAGGGUCAAGGUUUAGCUAAGCAAUCACAGAUCCCUAACAGAUAGAGACAUACAGCAUCCUUGAAAAUCAGGCUGUUAAUAAAGUAUAUUUCUCCCCACCGUAAGUCCAGGUUUGAAGUUACUGACUCAAGUCUGUAUCUACAGUAAAAGUAUGUGUGUAUGACAUGGAUGUGGAAAAUUAAUUUUUAUACAUAAUAUUACAUACUUUUAUGCUCCGUAUCGUAAACAAUGCCUGCAGCCCCCAAACUCUGUCCUGUCCAAAUCCACAGAAGGUUCGUCUUUGACUUCAGUGAGAACAGGUACUGACCCGUUUCCCAAAAUCCAGCAGUUCAAUUUAAGGUAGCUUAAUAGAAAAGUCCAUUGUUCUCCUUAUUUUGGACAGCCGCACUUUAUCAGAUGAAGGUAGACUAACAAAGUAAAGGCGCGCUGAUGCUAUAACGCACUGUUUUGUAUUAUGAGGCCUGGAAAUCAUUAGUACCAUAAACCUGCAUUCUGUAGUUCUCCAGUUGUGAUCCUCGCGUUGCAUAAACAACCAAGAAGCAGGAUCUUGCAACCUUUGUCAAUACAAAUCACCAUUCCCUUGAGGAGGGAGGAGUACUGAACCUGGGUAAAUUUGGCAAGCGUUAGAAGUUAAACCCAGUUCUGAAGGGAACAAAUCCACAGGAAACAACAUCAGAAAAUAAACUGUGGCUGUUUGAGCCAGAGGUGCAUAAUUGGUUUGGGUGAGAUGAGGAUGUGUAGCAACCAGCUGCCUUGUAGGCCAAUGCGAACAAAGUUUCUGAUGAGGUACGUUAGAAAAAGGAAAGAACUUCGAAAAGAAAAAGAACAGACAGAAUGUGCUCCCCUGCUUUAAUUUCUAGGGAUAAAGAGUCUCUGUCAUAUUCUGUAGUCAUUGGAAAGUAAUGAAGCGUAUAGAAGCAUACUGAAGUCUUUAAAAGAAUUAGGCCAGUGGACUGUUAUGCCAAAAUAAAGUGUUUUUUGUGGUUUGGACACCUUUCAUUUGGGGUCAAAUUGAGCCAUUUAGCCUGUGACACCUGUUGACGUUUUUAUAACGUGCAUCGUGAGGAAAGCUGAUGGGUGGCACUGUGUCUUGGCUGGUAUCGGCCGGCUGACGCGGUGUGAAAGCUGGGGGAGCCGCCCGGCGCCGCGCAGGCAGGG